AUGGCAGACAUAUCUAAAGCAGCACAAGUAGCUAAGGAAAUGAAAAAUUAUGGUAUGGACAUAUUAGGUAUCAGUGAAAGUAGAUGGAAAGGAUCAGGUGAAACCAAGCUUCAAAGUGGAGACACGGUGAUCUAUGUUGGUGAUGAUGAACAUCAAGUCAAGGGAGUAGCCAUAAUGAUGAAUGAAAGAGCUAAGAAAUCAUUGAUGGAAUGGACACCAAUCAACAAGAGAAUGAUAAAGGCAAGAUUCUAUUCAAAGUAUAAGAAACUGACAGUAAUUCAAGCAUAUGCUCCAACAAAUGAUGCAAAAGAGGAAGAGAAAGAAGAAUUUUACCAACAACUACAAGACAAUGUUUCAUCCUGCAAUAAGAAUGAUAUGCUUAUAGUUAUGGGAGACCUGAACGCAAAAGUAGGCAAAGACAAUAGCCAUAUGCAAGAGGUGUUAGGAAAACAUGGAUGUGGGACAAUUAAUGAAAAUGGUGAAUUAUUAUGUAAUUUCUGCCAAAUCAACGGCCUCAUCAUAACAGGCUCCAUUUUCCCACAUAAGGAAAUACAUAAAGUAACAUGGAAAUCCCCUGAUGGCAAAACAACAAACCAAAUAGAUCAUAUAAUGGUACGAGGGGACAUGAGGACAUCAGUAUUGGAUACAAGAGUAAUGAGAGGAGCAGAUGUGUAUACUGACCACUACUUAGUAAGGUCUAAGAUCAGACUCAAACUGGCAAGAAAUAAAGGUGACAAGAACAAAUGCAAAAGAGAGAGAUAUGACCUAAACAAGCUAAAAAGUAUGGAUGUAAGGAAAAAGUACAAUAUUGAAGUGAGAAACAGAUUCCAAGUACUAGAAGAAGGUAACAUAGAAGAUCCAGUGUUGAAAUAUGAAGGUGCAGUAGAGAUAUACACUGAGGCAGCUAAACAGGUAUUGGGGAGCAGUAAAAAGAUCAGUAAACCAUGGAUAACCAACAAUACAUGGAAAAUGGUUGAUGAAAGAAAAGAAAUUAAAAAAAGAUUAGAAGGAACAAGAUCAGAAAGAUUAAAAGUGAGACUCAGUGAAGAAUACAAGCAGAAAAAUAAAGGGGUUAAGAAAAGUGCCAGAGAGGAUAAAAGGAAGUGGUACAAUAUGAUGGCUGAAGAUGCAGAAAAAGCAGCAGAAAAUGGCAGAAGCAAAGAGCUUUAUAACAUCACUAAAAUACUAACAGGUGAAAGAAAGAGGCAACACACAGGAGUAAAAAGUAAAGAAGGAGAACUGAAAAGUGAAAGAAAUGAUAUAUUGAAUAGAUGGGUAGAACAUUUUAGUGAAGUUUUAAAUAGGCAAGAUCCUCUUCAUCCAAUUUCAGAGGAAGAUGUAGAUAUGGCAGAAAUUAUAAUAGAGGAGAAUGGACAGUAG